AUGGACAUCAACAGAGAACCUGGAUAUAGUAGGGCCUUGGACCCAGACAUGGCCCUCAAUGUCAGCACAGACCAUGACAUCACCAUUGCCUCAGUGGAUGCAUUGAUCUAUGAUGAUGUGCAUGUGAACUUCACUCGGGAAGAAUGGGCUUUGCUGAAUCCUUCACAGAAGAGUCUCUACAAAGAUGUGAUGUUGGAGACCUACAGGAACCUCAAUGCUGUAGGCUACAAUUGGGAAGACCACAAUAUUGAAGAACAUUGUCAAAGUUCCAGAAGACAUGGAAGGCAUGAAAGAAGUCGUACUGGAGAGAAACCCUCUGAAAAAACUCAGUGUGGUAAAGCUUUUGCAUGUCACAAUUAUCCUCAACGGGCACUUGCUCAGAGCUGGUGUUUAAUAGCAAUUGUCAUGCACUUCAUUGGAGAGCUGUGGUUAAAGACUUACGGCAGAAAAAAAAAUGAGUCUGGAUUGCAAACAGUUGUGGAUGAAGAAAAGGAAGAGUAA